UCAUACAGGCCAGGAUGGAUAUUGUUGGAUUGGUAAAAAAGUCAUACGCUGAUUAUGGUACGAUGCUGAAGGAUUCAUGGUAUACUGUGAUCACCGAAGAAAUGCAUUAUACCUGGACGUGGACAUAUUGGAUAUUGGCUUGUACUUUCAUCAUUUCGGUUUAUUGUAUGCGAUACGUUCGUUUAAAACGGAUCCGUGAAAAGGAGGAAAACGAGCAGUUUACCUCACCCAACCUAUCGAAGCGUAGUUAUGCGGUCUCGCAGCAACGGUUUCGCAAGCGAGAUAAAAUGAUGUUCUACGGACGUCGGAUGCUGCGCAAAGUCAAGACCAUUUCCGGUCAAGCGUACAGUGGUCAAGGCAAAAAGCGGCGUGCCGUGGUGCGAUUUGCAAGGAAUUUGCUUCUGCGCAAGGAUGCCACCCCUCCCCAGCGGCAUGUAAUUGAACCACCAGCAGAAUAUCUGGAGGAAGCUUCCGACGGAAGCGGUCGUGUACCGCCAGAUGCUUUAUAUUUACUCCAAUCGAUUCGCAUAUUUGGUCAUUUUGACACUCCCGUGUUUCUAAAGUUGUGUAAACACACUGAAAUUUUAGACUUGUCUGCCGGUGAAAGUCUUAUCAAGGUUGGUGACGCCGAUGAUAGUGUGUACAUCGUGCAAACCGGACAGGUAAACGUUUUCCUUAACAACCUUGAUGGUACUUCCAUCACACUGAAAGUGGUUCGUCAAGGCGAAUCAGUUACGUCUCUUCUAAGCUUUAUUGAUGUGCUGGUGGGUAACACAAGUCAGUACAAAACGGUAACGGCUCGUGCGAUGGAAGCUUCACUAGUGAUACGUUUGCCCAUGUUUGCCUUCAAGGAAGUAUUCAGUGAAUGCCCCGGUCUGUUGGUGCGAGUAGUGCAAGCCAUUAUGGUUCGUUUACAACGCGUCACCAUUACUGCUCUUCACAAUUACCUCGGCUUAAGCACGGAGUACAUUCAGGUUCAGUGUUCGUCUCAGCGAAAAAAAACAACCGCACAAAUGAAGUCAUGUAGUCCUGGGCACCGACGCAUACCCUCUGACCAAGUGCAAACACAUUCGCUCGUCGGUGAUUUGAAAUUAGAUACGUUGAUCGAUGGUUCUGAUGGCGCUCUCCUUGUAAGUGCCCGUAAUUCGAACUUCCCAAUCCGAUCUCUAGUCGUCGAUGACGCAAAAUCAGACAUACCAUUCGAUUCCUCCGAUAUUCUGCACAAUAACAAUGCCAGUACUUCAAUUGUGUCAUCUGAUUCGGACGAGUUCGCCGUAUUGAAGGCUAGUGCCGUAGAGGGCUUUGUACAAGAACUUGGUCUUAACGACACUGAACGUUCCAUUGUUGAAAAGUUUAUAGUGAUCAAAGAGGUGAAGUCCACAAAUAUCAUUAUUCGUCAAGGAAUUUUAGAGGAUGUAUUGUUAAUUUUCGUCAUUAGUGGAGGAUUGACUUUAGCUCAGUGUCCACAGACGGGAUUACGAACAGAAGAAGAAUCGAAAAAACCUUUGGAAAAAGGUGAAAAUCACUCUAUCAACAUCCAUCCCGGAGAUAUGAUAGGUGGCUUGGCUGUGUUAACGGGCGAAAGCAGUCUGUACACUAUAAGAGCGAAACACUUUUCGCGAGUUGGACUUCUUACCAAGGACGUGAUAUAUGAAAUCAUAAGUCAUCGCCCAUCGAUGGUACUAGACAUUGCAAAUAGUGUAGUAAAGCAACUAUCACCACUCGUACGUCAGUGUGAUUUUGCACUUGACUGGAACUUCAUAGAAUCUGGGCGUGCGGUGUACAGGCAAGGGGAAAGUAGUGACUGCACUUACAUAGUACUCAAUGGACGGUUAAGAUCGGUGGUAACACACCCAAACAGCAAGAAGGAAAUAGUCGGCGAGUAUGGCAAAGGCGAUCUAAUCGGCAUUAUCGAAAUGAUUGCGGAAACGCCACGCACGACAACUGUCAUGGCAGUCCGCGACUCGGAGCUGGCGAAAUUGCCGGAAGGUUUAUUCAAUGCAAUUAAAAUCAAGUACCCUAUCGUCGUGACUCAACUGAUAAGUCUGCUCAGUCACCGCAUACUCGGUUCAAUGCAGUCAUUCGGUUCGCUCGCUUCCAGCCGAUUUCCCUCUGUGCCGUUGGAUACCAACCAACCAGUCCAGCAUCGUUAUUCGACUGUUGCCAUCCUGGCCACCAGCGACGAGGUCCCGUUGUUAGCAUUCACCUACGAGCUGUAUCACUCACUCAGUGCCAUUGGGUCCACUGUACGAUUAACUUCUGAUAUCAUCCGUGAUACAUUGGGUGUGAAUGUAAUGGAGCAUUCAAGUGAGUAUCGCUUGACAAGCUGGCUAGGACAGCAGGAAGAUCGUCACAAUAUCACAUUGUAUCAGUGUGACAAUGAUAUUGGCCAAUGGACCCAGCGAUGCCUACGACAAGCCGAUGUUAUAUUAAUCGUCGCACUUGGUUCCCAGUCACCGACUAUUGGCAGACUGGAGAAGGAAAUCGACCGAUUAGCAAUACGAACCGCCAAAGAGCUUGUUUUGCUGCAUUCACAAUCAAGUGACUCUUGUCCAACCAACACGAUCGGUUGGUUGAACAUGCGGUCGUGGGUCUCACGACAUCAUCACAUUCAGUGUCCUAAUAGCAUAUUCAAUCGCCGGACCCCAGGUCGAAUACACGAAACGUAUGACAAGCGUAUGAACAGCAAACCGUAUAUCCAUUCUGAUUUUUCUCGCUUAGCCCGGUGGCUAACGGGUAAUUCAGUCGGUCUGGUACUAGGUGGUGGCGGGGCCCGUGGAGCUGCUCACGUUGGCAUGCUGAAAGCAAUUCAGGAGGCAGGCAUACCAAUCGAUAUGGUGGGUGGCGUUAGCAUAGGGGCGUUUAUGGGAGCUCUUUGGUGUAUGGAGAAAAACAUAACCCCUAUGACGCAAAAGGCUCGUGAAUGGUGCAAGAAAAUGACUCAAUGGGGUCGUCAACUCCGAGAUUUAACAUAUCCUAUUACAUCGAUGUUCAGUGGACGACAUUUUAAUCAAACAAUUCGUGGAACGUUUGGCGAUGUUUGUAUCGAAGAUUUGUGGAUACCCUUCUUCACACUAACAACCGAUAUAUCAGCAAGUUGUGCGCGUGUCCAUACUCAUGGUUCAACAUGGCGUUAUGUACGAUCGUCGAUGUCUCUAAGUGGAUACAUGCCACCGUUGUGCGAUCCUAAAGAUGGACAUCUGUUGCUGGAUGGUGGUUACGUCAAUAACCUGCCAGCUGACGUGAUGCGGUCUCAAGGAGCUGCUCACAUCAUUGCAAUUGACGUCGGAUCACAGGAUGACACAGAUUUGACUGAUUAUGGGGAUGAUCUUUCUGGUUGGUGGUUGUUGUAUAAGCGCUGGAAUCCAUUUACCUCGCCAGUUAAGGUCCCAAACUUGCCAGAUAUUCAGUCUCGCCUUGCUUAUGUCUCGUGCGUACGCCAGCUUGAAGAGGUGAAGAAAAGCGACUACUGUGAGUAUAUUCGACCACCGAUUGACAAAUAUAAAACACUAGCGUUUGGUAGUUUUGAUGAAAUAAAAACGGUCGGAUUUGAGCACGGGAAGAUCUGCUUCGAGGAAAUGGAUAAAAACGGGCGUUUGUCUCGCUUCAAUGCAUGGUCCGUGCAAUCCAUGCCGAAGAAGGAGACACAUUCGCUAAAUGAGUAUACCUUCGUUGAUUUGGCACAGCUAGUAUGUAAGGUACCGGAAACCUAUCCAGAGCGAAUUUACUCAUCCAGUGAGGAAGACUAUUACGAUGGAUAUGCGUCAGAGCCGUCUAGUAAACCAUCAUUGAAGAGAAGUCUGCAGGCAUUACGACCUGCUGGGGGUUCGUUAUCGCUGUCGGAGAAUGAAAUGGAUUCUGAUGAUCUCGAAAUCCCCAUGCCUUUUAAUACAUUGCAAGCGAAUCUCGUAGUGCGAGGGGACAGGAAAUAAUAAACAUCAAACAUUGCUGGCGAAAAACACCCUUUGUAUACUUU